AUGGUAAAAAAAUGGUUAACUGAAUUUCAUUGUGGCCGUAAAAGCACUGAAGAUGCCGAACGUUCUGGACGCCCAAUUGAGGUCUCUUCACCCAAAACAAUCAAAAAAAUUCACGAUAUGGUGUUGGCCGACCGAAGAUUGAAAGUGCAAGAGAUUGUGGAAGCCGUAGGAAUCUCGCGUGGCUCAGUGGUUUCAAUUUUGAAUAAUCACUUGGGCAUGAGAAAGCUUUCCGCAAGAUGGGUGCCGCGUUUACUCACAGUCGACCACAAACGCAAUCGUGUAACAACUUCACAGGAAGGUUUGGCGUUGUUUAAUCGCAAUAUGGAGGAGUUUUUGCACCGUUUUGUAACCGUGGACAAAACAUGGAUCCAUCACAACACACCAGAGAUCAAACAACAGUCAAAACAGUGGGUUUCUAAGGGUGAAUCGGCGCCAAAGAAGGCCAAGGUGGGUUAG